AUGGCUGGUGUUGCAUUGCUUGUGGGAGAUAAUAUUAUUAAUAAAUCGGGUGAAAUAAUCGAUUUAAAAUCUGAACAAUAUUCAGGCAAAAUCAUUGGUCUCUAUUUUGCUGCACAUUGGUGUCCACCGUGCCGUGAGUUUACACCCUUACUAGCUGAAUUUUAUAAUAAGUAUCAUGAAUCUAAAAAAUUAGAAAUAAUUUUUAUCUCGUCAGAUCGUGAUAUUGAAUCAUAUCGAGGAUAUUAUGACAAUAUGCCAUGGCUCUCACUCGAAUACAAGAAUCGUGAAAAAAGUAAAGAAUUAACGAAGACAUUUCGUGUCACCGGGAUACCAGCAUUGAUCUUGUUAGAUGGUGAUACAGGAGAAAUUAUUUGUGAAACUGCUCGAUCUAAAGUACAAUCGGAUUCAAAUGGUCGUGACUUUCCAUGGAAAUCAACCGGUCAUUCGAAUAAAUCCGUGUGUGUAAUAUUUUGA